UUUCUCAAAUUUACAGGUUAAGUUAGGGUUAGGUUUUGCUGAUUUUUACUCGUUUUUCUCUCUCAAAAUUCCCCUGAAUUCUCGUUUGGGGCUCUCCAAUUUUUAGCCUUUUUGAUAAUUCACCGUUCAAGUUGAAGAACCCAUGUUUUUGUUUGAUUGGUUUUAUGGGAUUCUUGCUUCUCUCGGGCUAUGGCAAAAAGAGGCUAAGAUCUUGUUUCUUGGCCUCGAUAAUGCCGGUAAAACGACGCUGCUUCACAUGUUGAAAGACGAGAGAUUAGUUCAGCAUCAGCCAACUCAGUACCCAACAUCAGAGGAGUUAAGUAUUGGAAAAAUCAAGUUUAAGGCUUUUGAUUUAGGAGGUCAUCAGAUUGCUCGUAGAGUUUGGAAAGAUUACUAUGCCAAGGUGGAUGCGGUUGUCUACCUGGUAGAUGCAUAUGACAAGGAGAGGUUUGCUGAGUCUAAAAGGGAGCUUGAUGCUCUUCUCUCUGAUGAGGCCUUGGCAAAUGUUCCAUUCCUUGUUUUGGGAAAUAAGAUUGAUAUUCCAUAUGCUGCCUCUGAAGAUGAGUUGCGAUAUCACCUUGGCCUGACCAACUUCACCACUGGCAAGGGUAAGGUCAAUUUGGGUGACUCAAAUGUUCGCCCCCUUGAGGUAUUCAUGUGUAGCAUUGUCCGCAAAAUGGGUUACGGAGAUGGGUUCAAGUGGCUUUCUCAGUACAUCAACUAGAAAAAAAGUAGAAAGUUAGAAUUUGCUAUAUUUUUACUUUUUUCUCUAAAUGCUGUCACAUACUGAAUUGAGUGGGCACAAUUUCUUUUGAAGUUAAAGAUACUCCAUUUCCCUCAUCUUUUCCCCUGUGAAACGAACAAACAUGCACCGUUCAUGCUAUGAUAAGAAUGAGACUUGUUGGAUUGAUUGAUCAUUUGUCAUGUUAAUGAGAGCUAUACUGCAAAGUACUUGAAUUCA